AUGCUGGACGCCCUCAAGCAGGCGGAGACAGAGCUGUUCCUGGGCACCCUGUGGGGUUACCGCGUCUACGCGCCGCUGCUGCUGCUGGGCCACACCCGCAAGAACUGGCACAUGCCAGUCACUCAGAUGCAGCAGGUGCGCAACGGCGUCCGCCGCGUGGCACGGAUCGUCUGGACGCUGCACCUCACGCUGCGGGAGGGGUUUGACAACGUGAUGAUGGAGACCCUGAAACACAGGUACCCGUCAUCUCUUCUUGACCGCCUGCAGGCCUCCUCUGUCGCGUUCACCCGCGCCUGCCGCGACGCCAUGCCGCGCGGCUCAGACCGCGUGCGGCCGCCCACGACCACGCUCUUCCGGGCCCGCGGCCGCCGCAACGCACCGUUGCCCGGCGCCGGGGGCAAGCCUGCGGACGGACAGGCGGGUGGGGCCGAGGCGCCGGUGCACAGGCGCGUCGGGGCUAGGUGCCGACAGGCGGAGCGGGCGCUGCGGGUGUUCAAGCGGACCCUGGAUGUUAUAAACGAGAUCUCCGAGGGCCAGCGGAACCAGAUCAUAGAUCAUAUCCGCCGCUACAACCAGGCCGCGCCGCGGCAACCAGGAGCGUGCGGCUGCGGCGAGGAGGACGACGAAGACGACCGCUUCAGCUUUGAUGAGCCGGCGGUGGACGAGGACCGCCCGCUGGCCGCGGUGUCGGCGCCGCCCCGCGCGCCGACCGCCGCUGCGGGCACGUCGCCGUCGGCGUCAGCGUCCCCGCUGCGCACGCUGUCCGCCACGCUGGGCGCGGCGGCCGGCACCACAGCAGCCCUCGGCCGCAUGCUCGUCCGCGCCGCGUCCAUGCCUGCAGUGCGCCCCGCCGCCGCCGCCGCCCCCGCCGCGUCGCCGCGCGGGCCCGCGCCCGGGCGCGCGCAGCCGGCGCGCCAGCUGCGCGCCCUGAUGGGUGCAGGGCCGCGGGGGAGGGCGCCCCUGGACUCUGUGCUCGAGAUGCUGGCGGCAGCAGAGGAGGGCGAGGCGGGCCCAGGCGACGUGGGGCUCAGCGAAGCCGCGGCUGUGGCGGCGGCGGCAGCGGCGGCGGGGGGCGGAGGGGGCCUGAAGGCGGCGGCGGCAGCGGCGGCGAUAAGCGCGGUCGCCGGCACACCGGCGGGCGUGGGGGGCGCAGGGGCGGCCGCGGCGGCGCCACCGCGGCCGGUUAGGCAGGCUCCCUUGGUGGGGCAGCACUCAGUGCAGCAGGAGGCCCCAUCGCAGCAGCGGGAGGCGCGGCAGCCGCCUGGCGCUAGCCACCAGAUGCCCAGCCUGCCGCGCCUGCGCAUCCACCCUCUCUCGCGAAGCGGCACGGAGGACGCCGGCGGGCUUGCGGGCGCGUCGCCGUUCCCAGACUCCCCCCACCCCUCAGAGCGGAUGUCACUUGACGAUGCCGUGCUGCGCCAGCACAUGCCGCACGUCGGCACAGAGGGCUACCUGGCAAAGGUGCGGUGGUACAGCUUCCAGUUCCUGUGCGAGCAGCUGGAGACGGAGUUUGACCAUCUGCUGGAGAGGUGA